AUGGCUAACUUCUCCUCGCACUCCGAGUCCAACGCGUCCUGCGCGUCCUGCGCCGGCAGAGGGGCGCCCUGGCCCAACGCCUCCGCCCCGCAGCUGCUCCCCGACUUCUACCUGACCGUGCCCAUCAUCUACUCCCUCAUCUGCGCCGUGGGGCUGACGGGCAACACCGCCGUCAUCUACGUGAUCCUGCGGGCCCCCAAGAUGAAGACGGUCACCAACCUCUUCAUCCUCAACCUGGCCGUGGCCGACGAGCUCUUCACCCUGGUGCUGCCCAUCAACAUCGCCGACCACCUGCUGCGGCAGUGGCCCUUCGGCGAGUUCAUGUGCAAGCUAAUCAUCUCCAUCGACCAGUACAACACCUUCUCCAGCAUCUACUUCCUCACCGUCAUGAGCAUCGACCGCUACCUGGUGGUGGUGGCCACGCUCCGGUCCAGGAAGGUGUCCUACCGCACCUACCGCGCCGCCAAGCUGGCCAGCCUGGCCGUCUGGGCCUUGGUCUCCAUCGUCAUCUCGCCCUUCGCGGUGUUCGCCAAGCUCCACCGGGAGCAGGGGCGCUCCCAGUGCGUCUUCGUCUUCCCCAGCCCGGAGAGCUUCUGGUGGAAAGUCAGCCGCCUCUACACCCUCCUGCUGGGCUUCGCCAUCCCCGUCUCCACCAUCUGCGUCCUCUACGCCGCCCUGCUGGCCAAGCUGAGACGCGUGCGCCUCCACAGCAACGCCAAAGCCCUGGACAAAGCCAAAAAGAAAGUGACGCUGAUGGUGCUGGUCAUCCUGGCCGUGUGCCUCUUCUGCUGGACCCCCUACCACCUCAGCACGGUGGUGGCCCUCACCACGGACCUCCCGCAGACCCCCCUGAUCAUCGGCAUCUCCUAUUUCAUCACCAGCCUCAGCUACGCCAACAGCUGCCUCAACCCGUUCUUGUAUGCCUUCUUGGACGAUAAUUUCCGGAAGAGCUUUCGCAAGCUGGUUGAAUGCAGGGCGUCCCGCUAG